GGCGAUCUUAUAUUAUGUGGAUAAUAUAUAUUGGAGCCCAAGUUCCAAUCACAAAUGUACACCGUGAUUCCGUCCAUGGAAGCGAUCGGCGGCGACGUGAGCCACGGCGCCGCUUCCAUCUCAGCAGGCGAGGAGCGGAGUUACUGGCGGUGGAGCAAGAACGACUUCUUCCCGGAACCAUCGUUCCGGAACUGGGGGGCGUACCGCGCGGCCCUCUCUCGGACCGGCCCACGCCUCCGUGACCGCCUCCUCCACCGCUCCACCGACGCGGCAGAACUCCUCGCCCUCCCCCGCCGCAGCGAGCAUGGCCUCCGCCGCUGCUUGUCCUGGUGGGACCUAGCCUGGCUUGGCUUUGGCUCUGUCGUCGGCACCGGCAUCUUCGUCAUUACCGGCCAGGAGGCCCGCUUCGCUGCCGGCCCCGCCAUCCCUCUCUCUUACGCAGCCGCGGGCCUUUCCGCCCUUCUUUCCUCUUUCGUGUACGCUGAGUUCGCCUCCGACGUCCCCUCCGCCGGAGGCUCCUUCUCGUACCUUCGCAUCGAAUUAGGCGAAUUCCUCGCCUACCUUGCCGCCGCCAACAUCCUUCUCGAGGCCCUCGUCGGCGCUGCAGGUCUCGCCCGCUCCUGGACCUCCUACUUCGCUACCCUCCUCGGCCGCGAACCGGACUCCCUCCGCAUCCAUGCCCCGGCCCUCGCCGCCGGCUUCGAUCUCCUUGACCCGAUCGCCGUUGUCGUCCUCAUAGCCUGCUCCUCCGUUGCCAUAUUCGGCACGCGUGGCACCUCCACCCUGAACUGGAUCACCUCCCUCCUCAGCGUCGCCGUCAUCGGCUUCAUCAUUGUCGCCGGGUUCAUCCACGCCGACCCGGCUAAUUUGGCCCCCCUUUUCCCCAACGGCGCCAAGGGGGUGUUCGAGGCUGCCGCCGUCGUCUACUGGGCGUACACCGGCUUCGACAUGGUCGCCACCAUGGCGGAGGAGACCAGGAACCCGGCAAGGGACGUCCCGCUCGGCCUCGUCGGCUCUAUGUCAGCCAUCACCGUCGUGUACUGUGUCAUGGCGCUUGUGCUCGUCAUGAUGCAGCGCUUCGACCAGCUCGAUCCCAACGCGGCCUACGCGGUGGCGUUCGCCGCAGCGGGGAUGAAGUGGGCCAAGUACCUGGUGGCACUCGGCGCGCUCAAGGGGAUGACCACGGGACUGCUCGUCGGCGCGCUGGGGCAGGGGCGGUACACCACGCAGAUCGCGCGAGCCCACAUGAUCCCGCCCUACUUCGCGCUCGUACACCCCAAGACCGGCACGCCCGUCUACGCCACGCUCCUGGUCACCAUGUCCAGCGCUUGCAUCGCCUUCUUCUCGAGCCUGGAUGUGCUCGCCACCGUCUCCUCCAUCAGCACCCUCUUCAUCUUCGCCCUCGUGGCGCUAGCACUGCUCGUGAGGAGAUAUUACAACAGAGAAGUCACCCCGAGAGCCAAUCUCUUCAAGUUAGUCUUCUUCCUAGCCGUGAUCGUUGCCUCGUCCGUCGGCGUAUCAGCUUACUGGAACUCGAACCUGAAAGGGUGGAUCGGAUACGCGAUCACGAUGCCACUCUGGUUUCUAAGUACGCUAGGCCUCGCGGUGUUCGUUCCGCAGCAGCGGGCGCCGAAGGUGUGGGGCGUUCCCCUGGUUCCAUGGCUGCCGUCGCUUUCCAUCGCGACGAACCUGUUCCUGAUGGGUUCGCUCGGCUACGAAGCAUUUGUGAGGUUUGGGAUCUGCACAGCGGUGAUGCUGGUUUACUAUGUGCUCGUCGGUCUUCACGCAACCUACGACGCGGCUCACGAAGAGAACGACACAGAGGCGAUCAAAGUGGAGGCAUGAAGCAGUGAGUGUGUCAUGUAGCAAUUAACACCCCGUUCUCGUUGAUUCGAUUCAAGUAUUGGGAUAGGCUGCAUAAUCUGAUAGCCUUCUUAUGUGCCCAAAACUCGAAAAAGAUGAUCAUUUGAUGUUA